UUUCAAAUAUAAACAUCGUUGAAGCUCUGGGAGCGAAAAACAGAUUUCGAUUUGUAGCAACUCACUGCCUCGAAAGGAAAAUAAAUAAAAUAAAAUUCAAGUAAAUUUUAGAAGGUGUAGUGAUUUGAAUUUCUGUUGAGUUGGAGCUCGAAGUUAAGGAAUGGCAGACGAAUCAUCGAGUUCAAUAAAGUUGAUGAACUUCGUCUCGGAGCAACAGUUAGAUGAAGCAAAAAGAACAAGAGGUGAACGAAUUGAAGAUGGCACUGCCCAAAGGGAUAGGCCUCUCUACGAGAUUUUGAAGGAGAAUAAAGACAAGAAAGAUGCAGAAUUUAAUGAACGGUUCAAACAUAGGCCACCCAAAGCCUUGGAUGAAGACGAAACUGAGUUUCUGGAUAAUUUGGAGACGUCAAGAAGGGAAUAUGAACGACAAGUGGCAGAUGAUGAAGCUGAACAGUUGCGAAGUUUCCAAGCAGCGGUGGCAGCACAGUCAAAUAUUGUGCAUGAACUAAAAGAGGCACCACCUGUUCCUGCUGGCCAGGAACAAAAGUCAGUUGGGAGGAAGAAUCCAGCAGCUCGCCCUCUAGGUAUGAUCAUAAAAGUCAAGCCACAAGCAAAAAAAGCGAAAAUUGACCAGGAGAAAGAACUGCCAAACACAAUGAAAGCACCUAAUGUUGAUACAUUGAAAACUCCAAAUUCAGUGAACACAUUUAAUGGUGAUACCGAUAAGGCCCCUGAUGUUGUUAAGACAGGUCUUGUUUCAUACAGUGAUGAAAGUGAAGAUGAUUAAUCUUUCUAUUUCUGUUA